CGUUGCUAUGGCGAACCAGUCCUGCUUACCAAACAAUUCGUUGUUCAUAGCAACGCCUUAAACAUCACUCCGUCCCAUUACAAACUGUCAUCGCGGCAUGUGACCCGAUGGUUGUAAUAUUUUAUCGAACAGUUCUCGGUUGCGUUUUGUUUUUUGCUCCGAAGCCGGAACGAUUUUAUCGAAAAAAGAUAAAACAUGAGUGAACUAAACUCGAUGGAAGUAGAUACGACGGAAACAAUUCAGGACAUUGCCGUCAAGCUGGUGACGGAGCAGCUGAAAAAUGAAACCCGGCUGGCAUCGGCGCCCACCGAACGUACCGUUUUCGUGCUCGGUAGCAAAGGAGUUGGCAAAUCAACACUGAUCAAUCGGUUCCUUGAUCGUGACGAUGUGCCGAGACCAACUCUAGCGUUAGAAUAUUCGUUCGGUCGGAAAACUGCAUCGGGACAAGGCGCUCAAAAGAACAUAUGCAACGUGUGGGAGUUGGGCAGCUUGUCCAACUCCAGUCAGCUUAUCGAGAUGCCCAUCCGCUCGCACGGGCUAGCAACGUUCUCGAGCAUCAUCAUGCUGGAUCUUUCCCAGCCCGACCGACUAUGGACCGAUCUCGAGAGUGUGCUGAAUGGUUUGAGGCAAGCCACCGAAAAGCACGCCACUCCGGGACAGAUCGAAGAAAUGAAAGCACUUACUGUUCAACGGAUCGGUAAGGAGCAUCCCGAUCUAAACACGCUGGAGUUGUUCCCCUUUCCAAUUGUCAUCGUCGGCGGCAAGUACGACGUUUACCAAAAUUUAGACUCCGAGGUACGCAAGCACGUGUGCCGCUGUUUGCGCUCCAUCGCUCACACGCUCGGUGCCGCUCUGGUGUACUAUUCCUCGAAAAGCUCCUCCGUUGCUAAGCUCGCCCGAGACACGAUGAACCAUUUAGGUUUCGGAAGUCCUUCAAAUCCCUUCCGAGCGGCCUCGUUUGAUCAUUCGUCACCGCUAGCCAUACCGUUCGGUGCCGACUCUUGGGCACGGAUCGGAGUAACGCCGACUAAUUCGGAGCGCAUAGGGCACAGCUUUAGUACGCAAAUUCCCCAACUCCCGCUCGCAAACAGUGGCAUCGUACCAGACGAUCCAGCGAAAGACACCGGAUUUAGGGAGGUUUCCAUUGACGAGCUGCGCUCGCAGAAGGACGAAGAACUGAUGUACGUGCUGAAGGAUACCGAGAUACGGAUGAAGUUUGAAGUCGUCCAGUAACCACCACUCGCUUCCGCUUAACAAUUGUUAGCUAGUAGACGCAUUAGGCUUAAGGCUAGGCCAGUAGGAAAUCGGGAAAUGUUACGCAACCGUAUCUCAGCAAGGUCGACGACCUUGUCAGCAGGCGCCGGAGCGAAGAAAUCAACGGUUUAAGGCCAACACACGAACUAGCGGCGAAAAAAUGGCGAGCCUUAUUACACCAGCACACAAGGGUAAGUGUGUGAGCGGCCGCCCAUGGGUAGUGGUGUUCUAGCUAUCUAUCGGAGAAGGAUGUAAAUAAAAACAGUUCCUUCGUGCAGCCAUAGAAGUGUAAGCGCAUGUGCGACACAUGAUAGGAUCUGAAAGAAUUUCGUGCCACACACUCCACACGGGUAACGCAUAAAGGGAAUGAUGAAAAUGCAUUAACUACUGCUCCACUACUGAGCGAAAUCUUAAAUCUCCACCAGCGGCUAUUUGCGGAUAAAUAGCUUCUUCACAUUAAAAUCUGGUAAAAUUGGUACAGUUAAUUUAUUUGAGUAAAUAAAAUAA